AUGGAAAGGGAGACGUCCAAGUGCAACGCCGCAUCGUCCACGCCGAACAUCAAGGGAUCUGAUUGGCUGAUUCUGAGACCGGCGAGUGCCCCGAAGCAGCAGACGACGAGCGAAUUGAUCACCCCGAUGUCAGCCAGAGAGCACGUUGCUUCUAAGAUCCCCGUUAUCACGCCCAAAGCCAAGAAGGUGGUUUCGAGAGCGUCGAACGAAUGGGCCGGGCACGGAAUCAGGUUCGAUGAGUAUGUUAACGACAUAUCGCUGACCCCGGUUAACGUCUUUGGCAGAGCCGCUACUGCUGGGUCUGCCACUACGGCGGCCACCGUGGGGACAAAGUUAAAUUCCAACGAGCUGAGAGAGGACGACUCUGUUUCAUGUAUCACCAACUCGUCAACGUCGACCCCGUGCAACCCCAAGAAACGCAAACUAGAGACGGAACCGCUGCCAUUCUUUUCGUACAAGAGACCAGAUGGACUACAAGAGAGCUCGAUGUGCAAAAAGAUGCGAGACCCAGACAUGGCAGCAUGGAUCAAUGAGUCGCUAGAAACGAUCCAGGAUUACGAGAAAAUUGUGGAGAAGGUGAUCAGUCUGAGAAACAAGUUCAACAAACUGUUCUCGCCAGAAUCAGAGCUUUGA